UUCUCGUCAAACAUAUUCGUAGUUCAAGUGAGGCCAUUCACUGUUGCUUUUUGAGAGGCAGAGGUUUGGCAUCUGACCGGAAAUUGUUUGGAUCUGGAGGUAAACGCUGCCGGGAGAUGCUGCCGUCAUAAACAGGCAGAUGAAAAUACAGAAUAAUCUCACUGAAACGGCCCUGACAGGGACAGUAUUCAGCUUGAGCUAGUAUGGAUGUUGAAGACUGCAAUGUCCCAUCUUGCAUUUCAGCUAGUGGAGACUCUUCAAUGGAAAGAGAGUUUUCUGGGGCUCUUGGAGGAGCAACAGUGAGCACCCCAAACAGCAAGGAUACCUCCCCUAGUCGCUCACUCAGUGCCAACUCCAUUAAAGUGGAGCUGUACAGUGAUGAAGACCCAGGCCGCAGUACUGAAGAUGAGAGAGGGGAGCGGCUAGAAGAAGGGGGUCCUGAUCUGGGAUAUGAGGCUGUUGGAGGCUACAGGGAGCUCACCAAUCCUGAAUCCAUGCAAGCUGGAGCCACCAGACUUCCAAAUGGAAAGCUCAAGUGUGACAUCUGUGGAAUGAUCUGCAUCGGCCCUAAUGUUCUCAUGGUGCACAAACGCAGCCAUACAGGUGAGCGACCAUUCCAGUGUAAUCAGUGUGGCGCCUCCUUCACUCAAAAGGGUAACCUACUCCGCCACAUCAAGCUGCACUCAGGGGAGAAGCCCUUUAAAUGCCCCUUCUGCAGCUAUGCCUGUAGAAGAAGAGACGCGCUCACUGGCCACCUUCGCACUCAUGCCGUAUCCUCUCCAACUGUAGGGAAGCCUUAUAAGUGCAGUUAUUGUGGCCGCAGUUACAAGCAGCAGAGCACCCUGGAGGAGCACCGCGAGCGCUGCCACAGCUACUUACAGAGUCUGGAGUCACAGCAGCCCUCCAGUGCGCAUAAUACAGGAGAGGAGAUGAGAGAGCUAGAGUUUAUACCACACGCUCUACUGCAACCCUCCUCAGACAAGAUGGCAUUUAUCGAUCGUCUUGCCAACAGCAUCACCAAACGCAAGAGAUCCACACCUCAAAAAUGUGUAGGACAGAAGCUCAUACACCUCAACCUUGCAGAUGCACCUUAUGAGCUCGGCACUGCUUUGGAUAAAGACGGGGAGAUGCACGCGGAGGACUACGAAACCAGACACUUUACUCAUCUGGGAGGAGAAUACGCAGGUGUAGAAGGUAAUGGAGGAGGAGGGGUGUCGGACACACUGAGGCCUCUACACCUUCCCACCACCCACCCCUCAUGUUUAACAGAACUCAGGCCGCUCCACAGCUCCGUGGCUCUGGGCGCCAGGCUGGACUGCACGGGGACUGGAGGGGCUGAGAGCUGCGGGGGUCGGGGGGAGGGAGGCAGCAGAGGCAACGGUUGCCAUGACUCUACAGACACAGAGAGCAUGCCAGACGAGCCCUGCAACAGUACCGCUCAGGCCCUGCACAGCAACAAUGGCCAUCAUCUCCCUCACUCCAAAAACCACCACCCAGCGCCUCCUCUGGUCUCACAUCGCAGGAGCCGGGACAGUCCCAGCCGCGCCAAAGACCGGGAGGACGGAGCUCUCCCACCUCCUGCCCUCGCUCCAACCCCAAGCUCACCCACUGCGCCGUCCUCCACCUCUACAGAGGCGUUUCGAGUUGUCGACGGGGAGGGAAGAGCGGUGCGCUCUUUUCGUUGCACGCACUGCCGUGUGCUUUUCCUGGACCAUGUCAUGUUCACCAUCCACAUGGGCUGCCACGGUUUCCGCCAGCCUUUCGAGUGUAACAUCUGUGGACACCGCAGCCAGGACCGCUAUGAAUUUUCUUCACACAUCGUCCGAGGAGAGCACAUUCUUGACUGAGGACAGAGGAUGGUCAGCCUGCUUCAUCUAGAGAUAUUUUUACACUGAGACAAGGACCUGGCUGGGUUUGGUCUGCACACGGGUUAAAGGAGACGCUAAAUACAUGAAACUGAUCUGAGAAUUUCAAAUAGGCGCUGGUACUCCAACGCAUAUCCCAGGAUUAAUGGUCAGCUCAUAUGUGUGUUUUCUAACACUAUAAGCGUGGUCCUUUGUACUUUAAAUGCACUUUGAUCAAUUAAUCAAUUUAAAAAGCACUUUUAAUUCCUUGUAGAUAAUGAGACAAUGCACUUUUUCAUCCGCAGAUGUGCCUUGCUCCAAAGUUCAGGAUUCAAACCUGAUGCACAAAUUACAAUAUACCAAUCUGGCUUUUGUCCAUAACCUGAAAAGUCCCUUCUUGUGCACUUUAACAGCUCAAUGAGAAGUGAAUAGGCUCACCUACAAUAUCAUCUGUAGAAAGGUCAAUGCCUUGUACUAAAAGCACUUAUGUAUUUAAAUGAUUCCCUUACAAAUGUUAAGUUCUACAGAGUUUUUACAACUUGGGGUUGCCUUAAGAAAUGCUUUUUAUAAUGUAAAAAAGUGCAGACCAAACUCAAAAACCAGGUCCAACUCGAAUAGAGGACUUUGAGGGGUUGUCCGUGAAUAAGAAAUGCACUUUUGUUUUUAACGUGUGUGUGUGUGUGUGUGUGUGUGUGUGUGUGUGUGUGUGUGUGUGUGUGUGUGUGUGUGUGUGUGUGUGUGAGAGAGAUAGAUAUGACGGUGAUAUGUGUUAUGGAAGUUAAUUGAACGAGUAAGGUAGAAAAUGAAGGCCUUUGUGUGAAUGCCGUGUGGCACAAUGUGCGAAAUGUUUGUUUUUUUCUCUUCUAUUACUGCUUUUGUUGCACUGAUACCUGCCAGAAUACUUUCAUUAUAUUAAACUAUUUUAUUGAAUACAUUAAUGACCUGCACAUUUCUCUAAAGGAGAAAAAAAGGUUUUUCCCCCUCUGGGAAAGGAGUACGAGUAUCACUGCCACAAUUUUAGAGAUUACUGAAUAGGUUAGGGUCUUAACAAGUCUUUAACAUUUGCUCUUACAUCAAACUGCACACCAACACAAAUCUAUUUAUAUUUUCUAAUUAUUUUUGAUGUUUUUAUCUUAUUGCAUUGUGCCUUUCUUCACCUUGAUCAUAUCUUGUUGACCAGAAUCAUGUCAGAUCAUUGUUGGUGAUUUCAAAUAACUUAAGUUACAAAAUAAAAUUCCUUAUUCAAGUUUUUCCCGACAAUAGUCCACAUCUUAUAGCUUUGCACAAUAUUUAUAUGCUCCCACUCUUCACUCCCUCACUCUGAUUUUCAUUUAUGUGAAAAAAACACUUUUACUAAUUUAUCAAAGACUAACGUGCAAGGCUUUUGCUGCUAUGACAUGAAUAAGUGCAGCGGCAGUUUAAUACCGUCCUCACAGGAAAAAGGUUUAGAUAUUAGAUUUUCUUUGAACACAUUUUUAGUCCACAGUGAAAAGGGUUUUUCUUUCAAAAUGCUGGUUGUGAUCUAUGAUAUAACCUGUGUUGGUAAUAAGGUGCAGAAAUUAAAUGUACGUUAACCCUUAUGUUGUGUUCGGGUCUCCCGUGACCCGUUUCAAAUUAUAUAAUAACUACGCUCUAGUUUUUUUGAUAGGAACAAGGCUUCA